CUACAACUCCCGGCGUGCACCGCUCGGCGAGCGGAAGCGCCGCGGUCCUGAGGGGGCACGCCGGGAGCGGCCGCCUGAGGGGCUGGGAGAGGAGCGGGGCGAGGAGCGGCGCGGGGAUGUGGUACGAGGUCCUGCCCGGCAUGGCCAUCAUGGCCGCCUGCCUCACCGUCCCCGGCUUCACCACCGUCUUCGUGCAGCGCUGGUCCAACGGCGACAAGGAGAAGAGAGUGGCCCGCAACCCUUUCCAGUGGGCGAUGAUGCAGAGGGACAAGCGGCUCUCGGGGGCCAGCAAGCACUACGUGGUCAAGGGUUUGGAGAACAUACACUGAGGCGGCGGCGCUUCAGAGAAUCUGCACGGCUGUACCUUAUGGUCUGAGUCCCUAAUAAAGAUACACGUGUAUUUAA